AUGUCCUCCGGCCCAGUGUCAGACCCCUCGCUCCCAGCCCCAUGGCUCAAGCAGUGGGACGCCAACUACAACGCUUGGUACUACAUCAACCCGUCGACCAACCCCGCCACCAUCACGUGGGAGCCGCCGACCGGCGCGCCAGGCGGCGGACAGGCAGCGUCGUACCUCAACGCCGGCGCUACCGGUGACGCAAAUGGCGCCGCGGACGGCGAGCGCGGGUGGAAGACGAACGCUGCGCUCGGCGCCGUCGGCGGUGUUGGGCUCGGCAAGCUCUUCGGCGGCAAGGACGACACGGCCCAGCAGCAGCAACAGCAGCAGUACAACAACGGCUACGCGCCCCCGCCCCCGCAGCAGCAAGAGUCGAGCGGGCCAGGCUUCGGUACCGGCCUCGCGACGGGCGCUGCUGCCGGCGUAGGCGGCACCCUGCUCACCCAGUUCCUCCUUGGCAAGAAGAACGAGCACGACGAGAAGAAGGAGUGGGAGAAGAUGCAGGCUCAGCAGGCGGCGUACGGCGGCGGCGGCCGACCGGGAGGACACGGCGGGCACGGUAACUGGGGCCCGCCUUCUGGUGGGCCGCCACCCCGCUUCCAACAGCAGCACGGCGGCCCGCAUGGUGGCCCGCCCCACGGUGGUGGCGGCUUCGGUAGGCCCAGUGGCGGGCCGCCUGGCCACGGUGGUCCCGGUGGCCAUGGAGGUGGCGGACCUGGGGGUGGUCGGGGUGGCCAUGGGGGCGGCCACGGCGGGCGCUGGUAG